CUUUAUUAAUCACAAGUUUAAUUAGAAUAUUUAAAGCAUUAGCAAAUAACAUAAACUUCUUACAUCAUUAAAUACAUAAACAUAUAAGAAAUAAACCUGUAAUAAAUGUAAAUCUAUAAAUAUUUACUUUUAAAGUGACAUUAUCAUGUAAAUACAAAACAUACCAAUAAAAGUCAUGUUGAUUCUUGUUAUACUGACCCAGUUCAGGGUCAAAGGUCAGCGAAACGCCGUCAUAAACAAACAGGCAGAACAAACAUUGUAUGAAAAUGUUUGAGGUCAAAGGUCACCGGACGCCUCCAUGUUUAAACGAGAAGAAAACUUUUACACUGUAAAAUAAUUUCUGCUGUUUAUGAAUAAAAAGAUUCAAGAGGGAGAAAAUUAAAGAUUGAUUUUAGUUUUUAUCUCAUUUAAAGAAACAAAUAUUAAUGAAGAAUGAAUCAUAAUAUUUAAUCAUUUCCAUUUUGUUACCAGAAACUGGAAGAUUAAAGUUUCACUUUGAUGUUUUUGUUUCAUAAUUCAUUUUAUCUGUUGAUUUAUUUUAAUACUUAAAUGGUUUUCAGUUUUAAAUGUUGGAAUUUAAAGUUUAUUGAUCUCUGAGAUUUAUUAUUAUUAUCCUACUGGAAACAUUUUACCGUUUUUAUUGUAAUAAUUUCUGGGAGGAUUUUUGUCCAUUUUUAUGUUUUUUUUUCAAUAAUUCUGAUUUUCAAACUGGCAGAAAGUUUUCACACCCUGCUGAACCAUCACUGAUCAAUAAUCAAUAGUGAGUCAGACUGACGGCUCUCUGGAAGGUUCUGGUUCGGCUGGUCCAGAACCAGAACCUGCUCGGUGGUGGCGGUGUGAUGCUGUGGGUUCAGGUUCUGGUUCUGCUGGGCCCGGUUCCCUGGUUCUGCUGGGCGUCACGCUGCGGCUGCAGGAUUUGCAUGCAGCUCAUUUGUUUACCGCUGUUUACCGGAUUCAAAUGGACCUGUCGGCGCUGGCAGCAGAGCGGUUCUGGAUAGAAUCGGACCCGGCCGCUCAGCUUUCCUCCUCUCGGCUUCAGGAUCGUUUUCAGAAGAUUCUCGUCUCCGGAUCCGACCCGGAAUGGUUCCAGGAUCCGGUUCUUCACCUGCUCUGAUCCCAGUUUGAUUCAGAACCACUGGAGGUUCUGGUUCUGGAGGUCCGGUUUGCUGAGCGGUGAUGGAGAGCGUGGAGGACGACAGCGUGUUCCUCCACACCUUCAGGAUGGUUCCGAGCCCCAGGCCCAGCAGAGCCGACAGCGUGGGUGUGGAGCCUGCCGGGCCGGCAGAACCGGACCAGGAGAACCGGGCCGGUCUAACGGGCCUGGCCGACAUCGAGUUCCGCAUUCAGCAGCUGCACAGCCGCCGGUUCCUGCUGCUGAAGAUGCAGCGCUGCACCAAGAAGGACGAGCAGAACAGAACCGGAACCGCAGAGGAACUGAUCAGUGAGGAUGAAGAUGAGGAUGACGAGCUGCGGGCCGUACAGACGGAGCUGGAGGAGCUGCAGGCCAGGAAGGAGGAGCUGCAGCGAAGCGGCGUCACCUUCACGGCCGGCGCCCAAGGAGAUCGCACAGCGCAGCGGCCGUCCUACAAGGAGACGCCGCGCGGAGGAAUCUACAUGCUGCCGCCGCCGCCGCCGGGCGGGGGGGCGGCCGCCGCUGCAGACAGAGCGAGUGACGACGCCCUGCCAGCGGAGUGGCUGGGAAGGACAGCCGGACUCACCAGGUGUCCAUCUUGUGGAGAGCUGGUCGUCACGGAAACCCACAGCACCGUCAGCGAAAGCAUGUGGCUGCUCUGCUUCCUGUGCUCCAUGGUGGGCUGUGUGGCUGGUUGUUGUCUCGUCCCGUUCCACAUGAAGCGUCUCAGGAACGUUCAUCACCUCUGCCCUCAGUGCCGCCACCAGAUCCACACCUACAAGCUGCUCUGACCAGGAACUAUCCACACCCAGGAACUAUC